CCCUGGGCUGGCGACCAGGCCCGAGCAAUCGGCGGCCGAGCGGGGCGGGGCUCAGAGCGGAGGCGGCGGCCGCGAGGGCGGGGCGGCCGGACCUCUCUGCGCCCCCGGACCUCGCGGGACCGCAGCGGCGCAGGAAGAAGUCCCCAAGGAGACUUUGCCAUAGGAGUUCACAGAAAUAUUGAAAUGUCAGGUUCCACGCCAUUUAAGACGAGAUUAGUUCAUUUAGACCUUAAAGGAGCUCCACCAAAGGUCUCGUACCUCUCAGAGAUUUUUCCUCUGUUCCGUGCACUAGGUGCAAACGGCCUCCUCAUUGAGUAUGAAGACAUGUUUCCCUACGAGGGCCCUCUGAGGCUGCUGAGGGCCAAGUACGCCUACAGCCCCUCUGAAAUCAAAGAGAUCCUGCAUCUGGCUGGACUCAAUGAGCUGGAGGUGAUUCCCUUGGUGCAGACAUUUGGACACAUGGAGUUUGUGCUGAAGCACGCGGCCUUCGCCCACCUGCGGGAGGUGGGCCCCUUCCCCUGCACCCUGAACCCCCACGAGGCAGAGUCCCUGGCGCUGGUGGGCACCAUGAUCGACCAGGUCCUGGAGCUGCACCCAGGCGCCCAGCGGCUGCACGUCGGGUGUGAUGAGGUCUAUUACCUCGGAGAGGGGGAGGCCUCGCGCCGGUGGCUGCAGCAAGAGCAGAACAGCACAGGGAAGCUGUGCCUGUCACACAUGCGGGCGGUGGCCAGCCGCGUGAAGUCCCGGCGCCCCGGCGUAACACCCCUGGUGUGGGACGACGUGCUCAGAGACCUGCCUGAGGACCAGCUCGCAGCGUCCGGGGUGCCGCAGCUGGUGGAACCAGUGCUCUGGGACUACGCGGCCGACCUGGAUGUGCACGGCAAAGUCCUCCUCAUGCAGAAGUACCGGCGGUGCGGCUUUCCACGGCUGUGGGCAGCCAGUGCCUUCAAGGGUGCCACAGGGCCCAGCCAGGCCGUGCCCCCUGUUGAGCACCACCUCAGGAACCACGUGCAGUGGCUGCAGGUGGCGGGCAGCGGGCCCACGGACUCACUGCAGGGCAUCAUCCUGACCGGCUGGCAGAGGUACGACCACUACUCUGUGCUGUGCGAGCUGCUCCCUGCAGGAGUCCCGUCCCUGGCCGCCUGUCUGCAGUUGCUUCUACGCGGAGGAUUUGAUGAAGAUGUUAAAGCGAAAGUGGAGAACCUUCUCGGGAUUUCCAGCCUGGAAAUAACGGACCCUGUUAGGCAAGCACCCUGCAGCCCUCCCCGUCCCCUUCCUCCCUUCCCCUCCCCCUGGAGACAGCUGUUCUCAGCAGGGCUCUCCGCAGGGAGGGGGCCGGCUCUUUCCCUGGCAGCAACAUCCUUGCCCUUGUCACACAAGUCAGCCUCCAUCUGCGCAGCUCUGUGGACGCACUGCUGGAGGGCAACAGGUAUGUCACUGGCUGGUUCAGCCCCUACCACCGCCGGCGGAAGCUCAUCCACCCGGUCAUGGUUCAGCACAUCCAGCCCGCAGCGCUCAGCCUCCUGGCGCAGUGGGGCACCCUCGUGCAGGAACUGGAGGCUGCCCUGCAGCUGGCUUUCUACCCAGAUGCCGUGGAGGAGUGGCUGGAGGAAAACGUGCACCCUAGCCUGCAGCGGCUGCAAGCUCUCCUGCAGGACCUCAGCAAGGUGUCCGUCACCCCGCCACCACCCACCAGCCCUGGCAGGGACACUCCUCAGGACCCCUGAGGGGAGAGCUCGUGCCGGGGGCUCCUACUGUGGGCUGGGGGGCUCUGCGCUGCCAACUGUCGGCCUGGGUAAUAGAGGCCCACGUGGGUGUCGUGCCCUCUGGCCCAGCAGUCUUGCCCACACUCAGUUCCUGAGGGCCCUGGGCACCCCCAGGGGAGAGACUAGAAAACACAGAAGCAGCACAGGGAGACUCGCUUUGUAAUCUGCACGUGUGACACCGAUUCUUCGGAAAUAAAGAGUGGAAGGUGUGGGUGACA